AAACUCUACAAACAGGCCAUGGAAGAAGCUAAAAAGAAAGGCUAUGAUUUGAGAAGUGAUGCCAUCCCCAUUCAAGCUGCCAAGGCAUCCAGGCAAAUUGCCAGUGAUGUGCGGCGCUUUGUCCCCCGCCCCUAUCUGCACCAGUGGAUCUGUCUGCCAGACCAGAAUGAUGUUAUCCAUGCCAAGAAGGCCUACGAUCUCCAGAGUGAUAACUGCUACAAGUCUGACCUGGAGUGGUUGCGGGGCAUCGGUUGGGUCCCAAUUGGCUCCUUGGACGUUGAAAAAGCCAAGAAGGCGGGAGAGAUCUUGAGCGAUAAAAUAUACCGUCAGCCUCCAGACACAAUCAAGUUUACCAGCAUCACUGAUUCUGUACCGAUGGUCCUGGCCAAGCAGAAUGCAGAGACGAUGAAUAAGCAUUUAUACAUGGAAGCAUGGAAUAAGGAUAAGACCAUGGUUCAUGUCAUGCCCGACACACCAGAAAUCCUGCUGGCUAAGCAAAACCAAUUAAACUACAGUCAGAAAAUGUACAAACUAGCUUUGGAGGAAUCGAAGAAGAAGGGUCAUGAUUUGCGUUUUGAUGCCAUUCCUAUCCAAGCUGCCAGAGCAUCCAGGGAGAUUGCCAGUGAUUACAAGUACAAGGAAGGCUAUCGCAAGCAGCUGGGCCACCACAUAGGAGCUCGUAACAUAGAGGAUGACCCGAAGAUGGUGUGGUCAAUGCACGUGGCCAAGAUCCAGAGUGACAGGGAGUCCGUUGAAAAGACAAAUACACACUUCAGCAGCACAGUGGACAUGCUGGACAUCGUGCAGGCCAAGAAAUGUCAAGGGUUGGUGAGCGACGUUGAUUACCGCCACUAUCUGCACCAGUGGAUCUGUCUGCCAGACCAGAAUGAUGUUAUCCAUGCCAAGAAGGCCUACGAUCUCCAGAGUGAUGCUGUUUACAAAUCAGAUCUGGAAUGGCUGAGAGGUAUUGGAUGGGUUCCUAUUGGUUCCAUGGAAGUUGAGAAAGCCAAGAAAGCUGGAGAAAUCCUGAGUGAAAGGAAAUAUCGUCAACCAGCAGAUCAAAUUAAAUUUACUAGCGUGACAGAUUCUUUGGCCAUGGUUCUAGCCAAGCAAAAUGCUGAGAUAAUGAACAAGCGUUUAUACACGGAAGCCUGGGAUGCAGACAAAACAUCAAUUCACGUCAUGCCUGACACGCCGACAAUUUUGUUAGCCAAGGCCAAUGCAGCUAAUGUUAGCCAUAAACUUUAUGUACAAGCCUGGGAAGAUGCCAAAAAGAAGGGUUACGACAUGAGAGCUGAUGCAAUUCCCAUCAAAAGUGCAAAGGCAUCAAGAGAUAUCGCGAGUGAUUACAAGUACAAAGAAAUGCACGAGAAGCAGUGUGCUGGGCGGGCCAUGUUGCUGCAGAACGACCGCAUUUACAGGAAGGCGUACCAUGAUUCCAAGGCCCAGAUCCACAUCCCAGUGGACGCGAUGUCAGUGCAGGCAGCCAAGGAGUGCCAGACUCUAGUCAGCGACGUCGACUACCGCCAUUACCUUCACCAGUGGACCUGUCUUCCUGACCAGAACGACGUCAUCCACGCGCGGAAGGCCUACGACCUACAGAGUGAUGUGAGUGAGAGCAGCUGUAGAAAAGCCUUAUGGCAGGUGUGUGAGGCUCUGUUUGUGAGUGACCGUGCAAAUAUCCUUUUGAAAUGCACGUUGGGGAGCCUGCCGUCAGUCCUG